AUGGACGUCGUGAAGCCUGCGCCACGUCAGGAGGAGGAAGAGAGAGACGAGGAAGAAGAGGAGUCGGUGCUGGUCGGGACGAGCUCUGGAGCGCCGUCGAGUGCCGAGAAACCUACGGAAGAGCAUAAUAUGGUUGUGCCUACUACAGAGAGUUGUGAGGUCCAAGAGAAGGAAGGAGGCGAGAUGGAAAGUGGACAAGAAGGGGACGAAGCGAUGGGGACGAGGACAGAAGAGGCGGCGGAAGCUGGGGAUGCAGACGAGAAGGAGGCGGAGGAGGAAGUAGAGGAUUCGACUGAAGAGACUGGAUUUGGGUCGGGUCCGCGUGUGGAUGGAGCGGACGUGGUGACAGCAGCAAAGGCAGAGACGGACGACUGUAAAGCUGAUGCUGACGCCGCUGUAGAGUCAAAUGACAGGCGUGAGGAAGUACAAGGUGUGGAGAAAGCAGUGGAAUCGACAAAAAGGAUGAGCCCGGUGCAGAAGGUUGGAGGGGACCAGAAGCUAAAGGACGAAACGCACUCGAGCGAGGAGCGGCUGACUCCUAAACAUGAAGCGUCGAUGGGUGGGGUCUCUAGUAACGAGCAGAUGGAAUAUGGAGUAGCGUCUGCAAUGCAGCAACUGGCAGGAGACCAGCGGCGUACUGACGACGUGCCACUGAGUGUCGAUACACAGACGCAGCCACAGCCGACUGGCAGUCGCGGGAUGCACUUUCCGUUUGCUUCAUCGACCUUUCUGGCUCCGUCUCCGACGCCUAUUCGGCCGCUUGGUGGCGAUCCACGUGCAAUGCAGCCGCAUGAGCGUGAUAUAGCUAACAGCCACAGUGCGGCGCCAAACAGUGCAAACAACGCCUCUUUUUCUGACGUGCAAAACGACGCUACCAGUAUUCGCACCAGUUCUGCGGGUAGCGACGCGAUAUCGCAGUCUCAGAUGUUUUGCCACCAGACCAACGCGCCGUCGUUUUACACUGCACCACUGGACGGCCCGCCGGUCGGAUCUGCACAGAUGGAGGAAGGACAAUCAGGAGCUUCGACCACAAGUACGCCGAGCAAUUUGAGUUGGAAUACGCCUGCCGUUCAAGAAACCCCGACGUCAAAAAGUCCAAUUACCAGGCAAAACCGCCAAGGGAGCGGUGAUCCAGGCCUAAAUCCUGCCGCGUUUGCUGCCAAGUCACUUGUGCCCCAGCGUUUAGAUAAAAACUCAUAUGCACUGGAUCGUGCAAGACUGAGUCGGCUGGGCUCAUACGCGAAAAAUACGUCCACCCCGGCUCAGGCUGGUGCCCUUGCUGUAGACAUACUACGCGCAUCAGUGGGUGCAGAACAGACGAGAGCGCACGGUUGGAAAAAUCCGUUUCCUGGUGAUGAGUAUGAGGUCCUGCUUCAAAAGGGAUCGAUUGGACUGUGUAUGAAUAUGAGUGUCCGCUUAGGUUCUGUGACGGUGACGAGCUUUCGCCGUCCAGAGGAAACAAUGAUGGGACCUGCCGAAGCCUGUGGUAUGAUAUCGAUUGGCGAUGAUUUGAUCGCAGUCGACGGCUUUCUUGUACAAUCUCAGGCAGACUUCGCGCGUGUCGUAUCACGUCUCAAGUCGCUACGUCCAGUAUUAUUGCGAUUUCGGCGGCCUGGUGGCGUUGGUUUAGUGAGUAGCCAUUACGAUAACCCGUAUUAUCGCAAAGGGCAACAGACGUCGAUUGUUGGGUUGGACAAUUCACAACUAUUCACGACUGGGAUGUGGCAUAUGGGGGUAAGAUACAUUUCGCCUACUCAGUGGGCUGCGGAGUUGCACGUAGAUGGUGGUGGUAUUCGACGACUCGGCGUUUUUUCUACGGAGAAAGAAGCAGCAUUGGCGUACAAUCAUUACAUUCACCAGACGUACGGCAAUGGAGCUGUUCAGUUUAUGAAUCCUGCAGGCAAUGGUGCGAAUUCCAAUAUACCUGUUGCGGUGUCAAAUGUUCGCGAUAUGCAGCCCAUUCAGCGUAGGCGGCCGCUCCUUCGCGCUGCCUUCACAGUGGAACAGAAGGAGCAAUUGCGUGCACAGAUUAUGGUGUUUAAGUUUACGUCUACUGGGGGCAACAUACCGAACGAAAUUUUGAGUCGCGCGUUAAAGACUAUGGCGUUGAAUUAUAUUCGGCCCAAUGCGAGCAGGAGUAAAAAGAAGAGUUUUGCUCCAACUGCUCUUGGUAAGCCAGCUAAAAAGAAGAAGGUUAAACGAGGCCGCGGAAAAAAGAAGUUUUCCGAUGAAGAAGAAGAUGAAAGCGAAUCUGAAAAUGGUGUAUCAACUGCAAAGACUAUGAAGGACGAACAACCUGCUCGUCGAUCAGGACGUAACGCAGGCAAGGCAAAGAAGAAGUAUGUGGAGGAAAAGCUAAACUUCGAGCUAAGUGAUGAGGAGAAGACUGCAAAACACGAGCAAAAAAAAGCUUUGAGGGGUCUGCAAAUUGAUACAAUUGUUAGUGUGCGGUUCCGUCGACAAAACCGAAACGAUUCCGAAGUGUCCAUGGAAUUUCUGAUCAAGUGGAAGGACACUUCGUACCUUCAUGUGAGCUGGCUUUCCGUAAGAGAAAUUGAAGAGUUUGGCCAGCACGCCAUUCAGCGCAUGAAACGAUUUCUUCAGAAGAAUAGUCGCUUAGUGGAGGAAGCACGAGAGGUGGUUGUCGUUGGCGACGAGAAGGAUCUCAGCCACUACUUUAGCGUUUCGUUCAUUGAAGUGGACCGUGUUUUAAAUGCGAAGGAAGUUGAGGAGUCUAAGGAAGCAAACCCGUACGUUGUUCAUCGCUUGGAAAGGAAUGCAAGCGAGUCUGGAGACCGCAACAAGGUGGUGACGAAACGGGGUGUCAAGUACCUUGUGAAGUGGCGCGACAUGAGCUACGUCGACUGCACCUGGGAGUGGGAAGAUGAAAUUAUUGACGAUCGUAAGAUCGCCGCUUAUCAUCGGUUUAAUCACCCUCCUGUUAUCAAUGGCGCCCACCCUGCAACAUAUGCUGACAUUCGACCGGAGCCGGCUACUUGGGCGAAGUACCAAGAAUCUCCAUCUUACAACAACCAGAACACGUUGAGGUCUUACCAACUCGAAGGUCUCAAUUGGCUGACAUUUUGCUGGUACAACCGCCGCAAUUGCAUUCUCGCUGACGAAAUGGGUUUAGGUAAGACCGUCCAAGCUACUUCCAUCCUGGAACAUUUGCGUCAGCAGGAGUUCAUUCGGGGUCCGUUUUUGGUUGUUGCUCCGCUCGCAACACUGGGAAACUGGAAGCGGGAGAUUGAAACAUGGACUUCCAUGAAUUGCGUCGUGUAUCACGACUCGGAAGGAGGCUCUGAUAUCCGCGCCUUCAUUCGCGAACAAGAGUUUUACUUCGCGAGUGAAGCGCAUCGCAAGCGAGGUGUCUACAAGUUUAAUGUUCUGGUAACAUCAUACCAGACCCUAAUCAUGGAUGCAGAAUUCCUUGAGCCCAUCCAUUGGCGGUACAUUGUGAUCGACGAAGCCCAUAAGCUAAAAAACCGUGAAGCAAAGCUACUCCAGGUGCUUCAUGGCUUCACGUGGGAUUCGUGCCUGUUGAUGACAGGAACACCGCUUCAGAAUGGCGUGUUCGAACUCUGGUGUUUGCUGAAUUUCAUUGAGCCGGAAAAGUUUCCAAGUCAGCAAGACUUUUACGAUGAGUUUGGUGAUUUAAAUACAGCUGAACAGGUUGCGCAGUUGCACGAGCAGUUGAGACCAUAUAUGCUACGUCGGGUGAAAGAGGACGUGGAGAAGAGUAUUCCACCUAAAGAAGAGACAAUUGUCGACGUGGAGCUGACAACGUUGCAGAAGAAAUAUUACCGUGCUAUCUUUGAGCGCAACCGCCAGUUUUUGAACAUGGGAGCGACCGGUACCGUUGCCAAUUUAGUCAACGUUGAAAUGGAAUUGCGAAAGUGCUGCAAUCAUCCUUUUUUAAUUCGCGGUGUCGAAGACAAGGAAUGUAUGGGCUUCGACGACCAACUCCGAAUGAAAGUUCUGAUUCAAGCUAGUGGUAAGACUGUAUUGCUAGACAAGCUACUGACCAAGUUUCGUCAGGAAAAGAAAAAGGUGCUUAUUUUUUCGCAGUUCAAGAUCAUGUUGGAUAUUAUCGAAGAUAUGUGCCAGUUACGAGGAUAUAGCAUGGAACGUCUUGAUGGGUCUGUCCGCGGCAACUUACGUCAAGCAGCAAUUGACCGUUUCAAUAGCCCGAAUUCUGACACGUUCGCAUUCCUACUAAGUACCCGUGCAGGCGGAGUGGGUAUUAACCUUAUUGCGGCAUCGGUUGUGAUAUUGUUUGACAGCGAUUGGAAUCCUCAAAAUGAUCUUCAAGCAGUGGCGCGCUGCCACCGCAUCGGCCAAACACAGUCAGUGAAUAUUUAUCGUUUGGUGACAAAAAAGACAUACGAGGCUCAGAUGUUUGAGAUUGCGUCAAAGAAGCUUGGCAUGCAUCACGCCGUGUUUGAGACUGGUGGCGUUCGCAACGAGUUUGAUGGUGAAGAUGACAGUAGUGGGAAUAUGAUGUCAUUGAUGUCGUUAGACCGCGACAAGGUUGAGAUGAUGAUCAGGUACGGAGCUUAUGCUAUCAUGGGCGAAGAAGACGAACUAGAUCCCGAGAACCGCGCUAUUAACGAACUGGAUAUCGACCACCUGCUGUCGAACAGUCGAACAAUUCGGUAUGACCCUACGAAAAAUGGGGGGAAUGCUAACGGUGAUGAAGGGAUUGGUGGAGGCGACAACGGUACUUCUAGGCACGUACCCGUUUCUCAGACUACCGCUCUGUCAUUCUCAAAGGCAUCAUUCACGUCAGAAUCAGCCGACUCUACCAUCGAUUUUAACGAUGAGAAGUUCUGGGAGAAGGUUCUUGGCCCUAAGCCUGUGCAAGUGCUUAUGAAAAAGGUCCAAGAAGGCUGGCUUAAAACGGCAUCACAAGAUGAAGUUCGAACAUUUCUCUUGCAGCUGCGUGAAUUAGCCCGCGCCGUCGUUAAGGAGCGACAACGAGGCAAGUCCUUAGCAGACGCUGACCAAGUUCUCUCGACAUUGAUUGAGCUGAAAGUCACGGGCUGCGUUAUAAAGGGAGUUGUAAACGUUCGAGAGAUUGCCGCCGAAUGGCUUCAGGUGAUCGAGCGACCUAAACGUCGCCGUAGCCAAGACAUCGGGGGCGAGUUGAUGUAUAUCGAAUUUCUCGAUGGGCCAAAGGAGCAGCCGCCGAAAUUCAAGAAAGGUGGCGCACGCCGCAAGCAGAGUCCGAAAGCCGAAAGGAAGAAAGACCGAAAGCACAAGCGUGACGGCGAGUUUGGUAAUGGUGAAAUCGGUCCUCCGAAGCGCAAGAAAGCAGCCCGUCAGGCAUCUGACCAUAAGAUUACGCGAGUUUCAUCACCUAGGGGCUGUGUAUUGAGUGGUCUCCGGAUCAAGCUGAGGGUGUUCAAGAGCAGCGGAAGCUACAGUCUCGUGAAAGUGGCAAGCAGGAUUCGAAAUGUACAGAAGAAGCUUGGUCAAUUGUCAAGAGAGACAGACGUACCGUCCGCAUGCGUCAAUAUUAACCAUGCUGACCAAUUCCGACCCGGCGCGGUGGGGGAUAAUAAAAACGUAGAGUGCGCAAGCGGUUCCGAGGGGGAACAAGUAGUACAGGAGCAUGAGGAAGAGGAAGAGGAAGAGGAAGAGGAGGAGGAGGAGGAGGAAGAGGAGGAAGAAGAAGAAGAGGAGGAGGAGAAAGAAGAGGAAGAAGAGGAGGAGGAAGAAGAAGAAGAAGACGCCUAUGAUGAAGAGGAAGAUGCGACGGAAAAGGAGGAUUUCAGGAGUCACCCGCAUGAAACUAAAGCAAAAACGGGUGGCAGAUCUCGAAAGGCUGUUAGAGAAGAUGUUGAUCCACAAGAGGACGAAGAUAUGUGGUGUCGAGUAUGCUUUAGCGACCAAGGCUACCUUGACGAUCCAAUCGUACAGUGUGAGAGGUGUUCUGUCGCUGUUCACCAGUACUGUUACGGGAUUAAAUUAGUGCCUGAAGGGGAUGAGCCAUGGUUCUGCGAUUAUUGUGCUGAACGGACGGAUUCUUCUUCUGAUGCGCCGUGCGAGUUGUGUCCUUUAAAGCGCUCAAAAAGUGCGUUCAAAAAGACGUGCGAAGGCAAAUGGGUCCACGUGGUGUGCGCCCUGUGGUCGCCCGGUGUUCAGUUUUCCGACGUGGAGCGCAUGAACGGAGUCAAACAUGUUGCCGCAGCUGUUGAGGAGAUGAAAAACACGACUUGCGCCUUGUGCGGAAAGAAGAGUGGUUGUAUCAAAUGCAUGCGAGGUUCAUGCUCGACGUAUUUCCACCCACAGUGUGGCCGUGAAUCAAGAGGAGCGUGCGAUAUGUUUAUGAAAGAAGGGGGACAGCUGCAAGCAUUUUGCCAGAAGCACCGAACGCAUAAGAAGCGUAGUUAG